CAUGUUGUUGCACGAACCCGGAUUCAUACCAAUUCUGACCGGAAGUCCUCUUCUUUUCUCGUCACACAAGCACAGAUUUUGAAAAUUGCCUUCUAUUUGUGCUUGCUUCAUUCUCCUCUGCCUAUGUGCCCGCCAACUGAAUUCGCAACAACAUGGCCCAACCAGCAGUAUCAGCUGCCGACAGCAUUCGUUCCCUCAAAGACGACGAUGCCGUAUUCCGCGCCUUUGAUUCGUACCCAUGGGUAAAGGACAAGAGCUUCAUGUCCGGCCUGAAUGCGAUCCUUGGCGAUCCCAACUCUCCUAAUCCGCAAGGAUCCCCCGCCGAUAUGGCGACGCAUGCUCGCAUCUUUUACUACUCUCAGCGCAUAGGUGUCACAAUUGACUUCUCCAAUUACCAGUCCUGGCUAUCAAAGAAUCCAACCCACCAACCACCAGAUAUCCUUCCAGAACAGUACAAGCCUGCCGAGCAACAGCAGCCAGCGACCUUGGAUUGGCAAAAGGCUGCACCCAAGGCUGAUCUUUAUAUUGAUCGCAAGGCAGCCGCUGCAGCAUCAAGUCAGAGUGGCGAUCAACCUGCCUACCCCAUGGCAUUUGCGGAAAUGAUUAAGCUUUUGCAAGAGGGCAAGGAAGUCCCAGGAAUUAAGCAAAUACCCAACACCGUCAUUCGAGACCCGUCUGUCAAGCCGGUGGGAUCUCGGACCGUUCCAAAAAAGCCAUGGGAAAGAGAUACCGCACCCGCUGCCGAUACGUACAGGAUUGGCUCACUAGACACCGAAUUUCCCCCUGUCGAUUCAAUCACCACAGAAGAAGCUUAAACUAUUACAUACAAUUAUACUCCUCCAUACAUAAUCUCAUAACCCGUUUUAAAUACUCACAUCAUCAUCACAUACGCAGCUUGGCCGAAAAGGAAGGGUAAAAUACAAAUAUAUUGUCAUCUCUC